AUGAUGGAGCCGCGGCUGGGGCCUGAGGCUCCAGCCCUCCACCUGGGCUGGGCAGCCCUGCUGCUGUGGGUCUCAGGCCUGAGCUACUCUGUCUCCUCGCCGGCUUCUCCCUCUCCUUCUCUGGUGCCCCGAGUCAGAACCAGCUACAAUUUUGGAAGGACUUUCCUCGGUCUUGAUAAAUGUAAUGCCUGCAUCGGGACAUCUAUUUGCAAGAAGUUCUUUAAAGAAGAAAUAAGGUUUGACAACUGGCUGGCCUCACACCCUGGACUGUUUCCCGACGACUUGCCUUCUUACUCUGUAAAUUACUCGGAUGAUUUCAAAACCUGGCGCCCCGUGGAGAUCUCAAGGCUGGUCAGCAAACACCAAAACGAGAUCUCGGACAGGAGAAUCUGUGCCUCCGCAGCCGCCCCAAAGACCUGCAGCAUUGAGCGCGUCCUGCGGAAAACAGGAAGGUUCCAGAAAUGGCUGCAGGCCAAGCGCCUCACACCGGACCUGGUGCAGGGCCUGCCCAGCCCCCUCUUGCGCUGCCCGUCACAGCGACUCCUGGAUCGCGUGGUCCGGCGCUAUGCGGAGGUGGCCGACGCUGGCAGCAUCUUCAUGGACCACUUCACGGACCGCGACAAGCUGCGUCUCCUCUACACGCUAGCUGUCAACGCCCAUCCCAUCCUCCUACAGAUCUUCCCGGGCGCCGAGGGAUGGCCACUGCCCAAGUACCUGGGCUCCUGCGGCAGAUUUCUGGUCAGCACCAGCACCAGCCCGCUGCAGGAAUUCUAUGGUGCACCCGCAGACCAGUCAGCCGACCUGGCCUACCAGCUCCUGGGUGUCCUGGAGUCUCUGAGGAGCAACGAUUUGAACUACUUCUUCUACUUCACCCACGUGGAUGUGGACAUGUUUGGCAUCUUCAACAACGGGCAUCUGUUCAUCCGGGAUGCCAGCGCACUGGGCGUCAUCGACAGGCAGGAAGGCAGCCAAGCGGCCUCCAGGGCAGGAGAGAAUAAAGACAUCUUCAGCUGCCUGGUCUCUGGCUGCCAGACCGAGCUGCCCUCCUGCGACACUAUCCCUGAGAAGCAGAGCCUGGUGCUGGUGUGUGGCCAGGUGCUGCCCCCACUUCUCCAGGCCAAGUUCCCGUCCCCGGUGCAGGAGGAGAUAGACGCCGAGCUCGCUCGCUGUGGGGAGGGAACCCGGCCAGACCCCGAGGUCCUCCAAGCCGCCAGCCGGCUGAAGGACAUCUUGAGGCCCCUGAGAACCUGUGACCCCAGAUUUGCCUACCGCUACCCAGACUGCAAGUAUAAUGAUAAGUUCUGA